CUCGGUGCCGCUACUUAACCCCGGAAGCCGGAGUUCGGGCUCCGGUGCGGGUGCGGCGGGGGAUUGCGGCGCAAGCCUCAGAUCGCAGUAGCAGCAGCAGCAGCAAUGUUUCACUUCUUCAGAAAGCCUCCGGAAUCGAAAAAGCCAGCCAUACCAGAGAGAGAAGCAGAUGGAUUUGUCCUAUUAGGAGAUACAGCAAAUGAACAAAGAGCAGCAGCAAGCGGUAAAACUUCAGGAGUAGAAAGUAACCUACCUUUGGAGACCAGCAAAGAAAACUCAUCCAACAUGGUGGCAGCAGGCCCCAAGACGGAAAAUAAGUGUGGCCAGACCCCGGACAACAGUGCCUUAAUGACCGAGCUCCUAAGUGACGUCCCCUUCACCUUGGCCCCACACGUGCUGGCUGUGCAGGGCACCAUCGGGGACCUUCCAGACCACCUACUCUCCUAUGAUGUCAGCGAAAACUUAUCACGGUUUUGGUAUGAUUUCACUCUUGAAAAUUCAGUGCUCUAUGACUCAUAAUCUGUUGACACCUUACCGGGGUAGGGGAAAAGUUGGCUUCCUUUGUUUAAGCUGUUUGAUGUUCUUUGUCAUUUCACUGUUUAAAGGCUCUCAGAAAAGCAAUGAGCAUAAACAAUGAAAAUAACAGUAUGUUCAUUGCUCUAUUUUUUAGAAUAUAGUAUAUUUAUAUAAAAAAGAAAUGUCAGUUUUACUUUUUUCCCCUCAUAAUAAUAAAUAUAAAAAUUAGGCUAUCAAAGUUUUAUGAAAGGAGUAGAUGCUUUCAAAAUACAACAUCUCACAUUCAUUUUAGAAGAACUAUGAAAAAAAACUGUGGUAUUUUUCUUGGUUACCUUAGAAGUCUGCUUAGAGUGAAUACUCCUCUUUGGUUUGGAAGAGACUUUACUGUUACUCCCUUUUUCCUUCCACAUCGUGUAUGAAUGAAUUUGGGGGCAUGGAGAAAGGGAAGGUAGUCUAAACUUUUCAGUCCUGAUGUAGACCAUGAAUGUGGAAAUUUAAGACUUCCCUUAAAAAGCAACGGUAGUUUGAUGAUAUAAGGGUGCUUGAACUGUUGCUCUUGAUGCUUUUUGGUUUGAGUGAUAAAUUUUAGUUCCCCCAAACCCAUGAUGGCAGCCCUCUGCACCUGGACUGUUCCCAUGUCCUUGCCUGCGUUUUCUGCCUUGCUGCUACUCAGGCGAGUGAAUGCUCACCAGCUUUCCAAAGAACUUCCCCUGUUUCUGCCUCAGUUGGCAUUUGCUUUCCUCACCACAUAUGUUCCAGUUUAUGAAGAGAUCCACAUUUUCUUUCAACCUCUCUGCCUUCUAAAGAAAAACAUCUCACAAUGAUACUCAUUAUUGCUGAUAACACACUUAUUUAGAAAUUUAUUGGCUUCAAUACAGAUGGAAAUGUUUUACUGCUAGAAAAACUGAAAUCUAAUCAUUUCCAAUUAGAGUGCAGGCAAAACACCUGCAUGACUUUUUUUUAAUAUCCAUUUAUUUAUUUCAAUGAAAACAGAAAAGAACUGCCACUGGUCAAUAAGCUAUAAAGGGAAGAAGCAAAUUUUGAUAGAGUAUUUUCUACGUGAUGGAAAAUUUAAAUUAUAUUUGUAUUGACUAGGAGCAGUACACUUCAUGAAUUCUGUGCCAAGUUGAAGUAUAUUUUUCACAAAGAUAUAGAGUGCAAUAGCCAAACUAAACACUGUGCAUAAAAGUACAUGAAUUAUUCAGUCUUUAAUGUCGUAUAGAUGUUUAAUAAUGUGACGUGGUCUUGAUAAAAAUGCUACAUAUUUAAAAAUUAAAGAACACUUAUUGACAAAAAUGUACUUCAUUUACAAAUGAUGUUACCAUAUGAGGUGAAUGAUUAGCUUUUUAAAUAGUUUUCCUAAAAUAUCAGUUCAGGAAAUAUGUCUUUAUUACUGAGGCAAAUGUGAACAUUUUAUAGAAGUUUCUGUGAAAUCACAUCCUUUUCAUACCAUGUUAAUAUUCCCUUAACGCCAAUUGUAUAUGCCAUCAAUUUAUCUAAUAUGUGUUAAUUUUUGUAAAAAUACUUACACAUUUAUUAUAUUUAUGCCUGCCAUGUUGUAAAGGUACU